AUGCAGCAAAACUGUGUCUGGACUAUCAGAGUUUCUGUGCUGCUGCUGUUGCUUUGGCCGGACCCCCUAGACUGCCAACACACAACAGACCACAGGAAGGUUCCUCAGAGGGCAGAGCCCCAACAGGAGUUCAGGGCAGAGCAUGGAGAAAUUCAGGGCUCCUGGGGCUCCUGGGGUUCCUGGGGUCCCUGGUCAACCUGUUCCCGGACCUGUGGAGGAGGAGUACAAGAGCAGAGCAGGCACUGCCUACCUGUUUACACUCCACCUCAAUACCCUUCUGUAAGAGCAGGCAUUCACCACCACCAGCCUGGCCAUGUCAUUUCAGCCCUGCGGCCCACAGUUCCUCUGCACCGUGACACAGUCAGGUCCUCCAACAGCAGCAGCAGCCGUGGAGAGCUGGGGAGAACCAGGCCUGGUGGACGCAGGAGGGUCAGUCACAUCAGUCCAGGGAGGUACGGCUAUGGGAGAGCACCUUAUGUUGCUCCGUUGCAGACGGAGGCGGACCAGAGCUCUGGGAUGACUCGCCCCCACAGACAGAGACGCUCUGCUGCGGCAGAUGCCCAUCAACUCACUGCUGGAGGCCACGGUGGCCACAGGUCAAACAACCUGGAUCCCUCCAACAACCUCCGCCACUACAGCCGACCCUACAUGCAGCCCAUAAAUAACCAAAUCUGGGCCCCCCUCUACCAGCCUGGCUCAGCCCACCAGACUGAGGUACAGCAGGAGGUACCAUCAGGUGGCCAGACCUCUGGACCUCAGCAGCACCAAGAGAGACCAUACAACCCCCUGCCCACUUCCCACUGUACAGGAGAGCAGGCUCACUACCAAGUCUGCAACAGUAAUGCCUGUCCUCCAUUCAGCAGACACAUCAGGGCUGUUCAGUGUUCUUCAUACAACAACCAGCCUUUCAUGGGCAGACUGUACGAGUGGGAGCCUUUCAAUGAGGUUAGUGAAGAUCAGCACUGUGAACUCAACUGCCGGGCCGUAGGCUUCAGGUUCUACGUGCGACAGUCAGAAAAGGUGAUCGAUGGGACGCCCUGCGGACAGAACGAUACCUCUCUCUGUGUGGUGGGAAAGUGUACGAGUCUAGGCUGCGAUGAGUAUCUUGGAUCAGGAAAGGUGAUGGACAAGUGCGGCGUGUGUGGAGGCGAUAACACAACCUGCAGGCUGGUCUCCGGAGUCUUCAAACACACUCUGUCCAAGAUCGGCUACCACAAGAUAGUGGAGAUCCCAGAGGGAGCCACCAGGAUCAACGUCACAGAGAUGGUGAAGAGCCGAAACUACCUAGCUCUCCGAAGCCGAUCGGGACGAUCCAUCAUUAAUGGAAACUGGGCUAUUGACCGGCCAGGGAAGUAUGAGGGAGGGGGGACCAUGUUCACUUACCGCAGGCCCAAUGAAAUCCGUAGUACAGCCGGGGAGUCCUUACUUGCUGAAGGGCCCACCAAUGAGAUCCUGGAUGUUUAUAUGAUCUUCCAGCAGCCAAACCCUGGUGUUCACUACGAGUACAUUCUGCCUUCUGAGAAUCCAGUCCACCCUCAGCAACCAAACCACAGACCAGAAGGGAAUGCUGUGAAUGGACAGAGUGGAUCCGACCAUCACAGCAAUCCGCACCAGGAAAACUUCAACCCAGCAGGUGAGGGGAGGUACCCUCCUCCUCUCCCCGACAACCAGGUACCUGUCGUUGAGCCACCCAGACGUGAGAGAGAGUACAACUGGAAACUGGCUGGUGCUACAGAGUGCAGUGCCUCCUGUGGUAAAGGUUUCAGACACUCCAUCUUUCAUUGCGUCCACCGGCUGAACCAUGUCCAGGUUUCAGAUACUUUGUGUGACAGCAGCACCAGACCAACUCCACAGGAGGAGCCCUGCAACCUGCAGCCCUGCCCGGCAUUCUGGGAUAUUGGAGAGUGGUCAGAAUGCAGUAAGACCUGUGGCCUGGGGAUGCAGCACCGGCAGGUACUGUGUCGCCAGGUUUAUGCAAACCGCACCCUCAAUGUUCACACAAGUCGCUGCCAACACCUGGAGCGGCCCGAAACCGCCAGUACCUGCCAGCUGAAGAUCUGCAGUGAGUGGCAGAUCCGCUCCGAGUGGACCGCAUGCUCGGUGCCAUGUGGGCUGGGUCAAAGGUCACGGGAUGUUCACUGUGUCAGCAAUGUGGGUGACGUUGUUCUUGAUGAGGAGUGCAACAUGAAUCUGCGGCCCAUUGACGUAGAGAACUGUGACAUGGGACCCUGUGCGAAGAGCUGGUUCUACACUGAGUGGGGCAAUAGGUGCUCUGCUGAGUGUGGGAUGGGUGUACGGACCCGAGGAAUCCUCUGCUUGACCAACCACAUCGGCAGCCUUCCUCUGGAGGGGUGUGGCAACGAGCGGCCUGCAGACUCUCAGGUCUGCAACAACGGCCCCUGUGAGAAUCGCAUUGAGUGGUACACAGGCCCCUGGAACCAGUGUUCUGCAGAGUGCGGCGCAGGCAGCCAGCAGAGGUCGGUGGUGUGUCUGAUGAAAUCAGAAUCAGAGGAAGGAUUCACAGUCAUGCCACCAUAUGAGUGUUCGUCCCUGGACCGGCCCCUCAGUCAGCAGAGCUGCAACCUCAAGGCCUGUGGAGCAAAGUGGUACCACACUGACUGGAGUGCUUGUUCAAAAACAUGUGAAGGAGGUUUCCGUGUACGGGAGGUGCGCUGCCUGUCUGAUGACAUGCUUUCCAGUGAGGACUGUGACGAGAAGAUGAAACUAACAGAGAAGGAAGACUGCAACCCGGAGCCUUGCAUACCUCACAUAGAUGAGAACUGCAGAGACAAGUACUUCAACUGCAAUGUAGUGGUCCAGGCUCGCCUCUGUGUGUACGAUUACUACAAGACUACAUGCUGCGCUUCAUGUUCGCGAGUGGCCCACAGACAGCCGAUCCAUCGGGCCCGCAGCUAA